GCCUUUCGCCUCGAGGCGGGCGGCGCCCGGUUUCCAAAGCCGCUGCAGAACCACCGCUGCGUCGCCGCCGCGAAGCGUGAGUUCAUCGACGACCAGAGGCGGCGGCGCGAGGCGGAGCCGUCCACCUCCGCCGGCAGCGAGAGCGGGCGCGGCAGCUCGGAGGCGGGCGAGGCUUCCCUGAGCCUCGGAGGCCAUUUCGUAGGCAACGAGAGCGUGCGCAGCUGCUCAGAGACAGUGGCGCUGCGCGGGCUCAGCUCGCCGGGCGCGGCGGAGGAUUGGAUCGGGCUCGAGCGCCACUGGGACGAGUGGGUGGCGGCGGCGUGCGCGGGCCGGCUGCGCGGCAGCGGAGGAGGGCCGCCGCUCGGCGCCGUCUUUGCGCGGAGCAGCUCGUUGUGGGCGCGCGCGGCGGAGCUCGAGGCGCUGGUUGGUUGCACGGCCGGCACCCUGCCGCCGGGUUUGCGGCGUCCGCGGGCGGCGCCUCCCUUCCCGGUGGGCGACGGCAGCGCGGCAUCACUCGCCGCCGUCGCCGCGCUCAACGCCACGUUCGCCUCGCUCCGAGGCAAGCAGGCGGCGCUGGGCGACAUCGUGCUUCUCGGCCCGGGGAAUGCGUCGGCGGCGGCCUGCCGCGCCGCGCUCGCAGGAGCCGGGGCGCCACCGCCACAGCGCCGCCUCGCGCCGCCGCAACCGGCCGCCGCUCGACGUUUGCGCAGCGCGUCGCCCAGCCCGCCGCCCUCGCCCGGCCCGCACGCCACCGGCCAGCUCGAGGGGCGCGGCGCCGUCUGUUUGGUUGGGUUCCUCCGGACGUUUGCUUCGCCGCCCGUGUACGUGGGCAUCGCCAGGGCCGCACGCGCGCUGGGCGACGUCGAUGUCUUUGCGGUCGUCGCCAAUGGGGCCGGCGACACCGCCAAAGGGCAGGCCGGGGCGGUGCCAUCCGAGCAGGUUGCCGCGGCGCGGGCGCACUUGCAGCCCAGGGAGUGGGUCACUGCGCAGCCAGAGAUGGCUCUGCCAGCCGCGUGCCCUAACUGCCUCGGCCAGCUGGCCAAGUUUGAGCAGUGCAUGGCGCUCGUGCGGUCGGCGGAGCGUCGGGACGGCGGCCGCUACACGUGGGUGGUCAAGAUGCGGCCGGAUUGCGUCCCCUGUGGCGACGUGCCGCCCGUCGCCAGCUUGCGGCGGCCCGCAGACAACGUGGCGCUCGCCGCGGGCGGCGACUUGUUUGUGCUCUACCCACGCCCACUGGCGGAGGCCGUCGCGAGCGGCUGGCGGCGGGUGGACUGCCGGCGGCACCACCGUGUGUUUGGCGGCAACCUUACGGGGUGCAACCACGUCGCAGAGGCGGCGCUCCGCGCCGCCGGAGGGCAGUCGCGGACCACGGGCCAGUUUGACUGCGACAUUGUGCGCACCGCGGAGGGAGCCCGCUCCAUGUUUCAGUUUGGAAAGUACGCCCUCCACGGCGCGCUGUGGGGCGACGUGGAGGGGUGGACGCCCAACCGGACCCUGUACAAGGGAUCCGGCGUCGUCGCGGCGACGGCUACGCGCUUCUGCGGCAGGGAGUGGGGCGGGAGGGAUUGGGCGGGGUUGUAA